GCAAAUAUCUGCCAAUCUGCUUAAAACCCUAUUACUAAUUAACUCAUAAAAGCCUAACUGCCCACAGCUCACUGGACAAGUGCCCAGAGCCCAGUGCGGCAGUGCCCACAUGGCCCACGCGCCACACAGACAGCUCCGUCAGUCCCACUCCCAGGCCGGCCAGCCCAGUCCCAAUGCCCAAAUCUCAAAUCUCAGAAUAGGCUAUUAGGGUUUCAUUGUUUCAAACUUUCAACAGCCACUCAGGCCUCAGCCACGAUUUUAGCUGCGCAGCCACAUCCUAGGACCCAGUCUGAGACUCCCACUCCCAGUAUCCCACGAGCUACGACGACGACGAUUCCCACUGCCAUCGCCGACUGCCACCCGCGAGCCACGAUUCCCUCGCUCAGUCUACCUCACGAACGUCUCCUCCUCUCAAGCUCUAAUCUUUCCCAUCUCAUAGUAGUUCAUCAAUAAUCUGCAACCAUCUCCGGCGUUCCGUCCCUCCUCCACCGAUCACCGUGGCAGAAGAGUGCCUUGAUCACAAAUUGUGACGUGCAGAGAGUUGGGGCUUUGAAAGCAUUACAACAUGGCUUUGACAAAUUUCAUUCUCACAGUGGCUGGAGUGGGCGCUGUUGUUCUUCUGUUGAGGAGUGAUGUCAAACAAUCAGCUGCCAUUUUCAGGCGCAAUGUUCGUCAUAUUCGUCACUGGCUUGAAGAAGAAUCUGCCUCUGCCUCAAAGGCUGCAGAGAAGGCAAAACCGAAGCAACUGAACCCAGAGGUUCCCAAGGAGGACAAGCACUAGUUUUCUUACCGGGGCCUCUAUUUUAUUUACCAGAUCGUGUCUAAAUAUUUACAUGCUUUCCUUUUUUCCUUUUUUUUUUUUGGCUUUAAACAGUUUAACUUGGUAAAAAGAAAAUUUUUUUUUUUCAGCCUUCCUUGUUUGAUCUCUUUUAGUUCGACAUCAUGGCAGAUUAGAGUAUAUGUAAUAUUUCCAUUUUGCUCAAACAAAUUGUUGUAAUUAGAUAGUUUUAAGAAUAAAAUUUUCAAGAGUAACUGUA